AUGCUUUACGAGCACCAUUCAAGAUUCCACCAUUCCUUUCUUCCUCUCGCUUCCGGUCAAUCACAGGCGCCGAUGGAGCCGCGAGAUGUUCCGCAAAUGCUGGUAUCCGCAUCAUGCGCCUACUCUUUUAUCUCGAAUCUCAAUUGGGCAUGCAACAAGACGCGGCUGAAUGCCAAGCUAUGGACUUCCUGCGUGCCCACGUCCUCCGAAGAGGCCACGUUAUCCUGUCCUCCUCAUCGUGUUUACCAAGGGCAAUUGGGUCGGGCGAAUCGUCAUGAUCUCUCUCUCUACGGCGACAUCAAACAACUGAAAAUCACCGCACUUAGCGCUGUCCACUCGUGCGAUGGCAACAGCCCUGCGUUCAACGAGUUCGGACCUCAGUACCGCUUCGGAUUGUUUGCUCGCCUGAUCCGCGCGGGUCUCAAGCGGUGGGAUCCCGAGUUCCAAUCACGCAUGCAUCCAGCUUGCUUCAAACUCCCCAACAUCUGGUUUUACGGUGGUAGUGUCUCAUCUCUUCCUCCUAACCACGCCUCGUUCGAGCUGCCAGCCGCCUACGUCGCAGGCUUGUGCGAGCUUCGUCACCUCGGACCAAACGACAAGGCCCUCACCGAGACCCAAAAGCGAAUGCCGCUCAUCACCCUCAAGGGCGACUCUUGCGUCAAGGCAAAAAUGGUGUCCUCGAAGGGCAAUUUCCUCACCGCAUCGUACAUCUUCAACACAAUCAUUCCCAUGCUCAAGAACAUCAAGAAGAUGGUCACUCUCAUCACGCCAUACAAGAUGCAGCACACGCUCUACAAGUCCAUGAUGUUCAAGGAGUGCAUGGCCAACGGACGCACUGACGAUGAGUAUCCUCGAUUUGCUACCUUUGACUCCUCGAUUGGCCGCGAAGCUCCCUUCGUCAUCGUUGAUAUGGUCAUUCACGGACUCGCUCCUCGCGACGUCGGUUUCUUGAAAGAAGACGACCGUGCAUGCAUCAUGAUCACACGGGGGAAGGUUGCCACCAUUUUCGUCAUGGCCGAGAAGGGCGAGGACCGCCACCCUUGGCCCGAGCUUCCGCCAAACGAUGACUCGGACGCGGAUGGUCAGAGCAAUGUCGAGACUGGAUGGGGUGACAGCUCGAGCGAUCCUGCUGUGGAUUCCUCUUGGGAUGCCCCCACCGUAGCAGCCGCAGAUGACCAGUUCAAGGUCGAUUCCUUCACGCCUGAUACUACCGAUCAGACUACCAACAAGCCCGAGACCUUCAAGGAGGGAGCCUCCGCGCCUGAAGCUCGCACGAAUCGCAUCAAGUUUAGCAUCGAUGGUGUCUGGAGAACUGAGAACGCCAUCACCUUCGCUGUCAACUGGCUCAACUCCGAGGACACUGCCUGUGAAGGCGAAAUUCCCAUCGGCUUCAAUUACCUCGAUGCUCCGCGCUCCAUCUGGCAAGACGUCGAGGCGGCCCUCGUGCGUCUUCAUGAGAAGCAGGACCGCAAGGACCCGAACGGCGUCGACGCACGUGAUCCCCACACGAUCGACCUGAGCGAGUCGCAGAAGGCCGAGGUUUUUCGAGAGAUCGCCGUCAUGCGACUCAAAAUUGCAGCCUUAAGAAGAUGCAAAGGGCGGGGAGAAGCGUGA